CACGGUUGCUGAGGCAACGUCUUGGUUACUUCCGUUGGUCCCAAUGCUUCCGGGUUGGCACUGCGGUGGCGUUUCCGACUGCGGGAGCCUUAGCUUCCCAGUCGUCUGAUGAGCCGGAGCAGCUGAGUCCCUUCCCUGUCUUUCACUCUUCUGGCGUCGGUGGUUUUACUUCUUCGAUCGAACCCUGCUUCCUCGGCCCCCCUGGGAGGCCGCCUCCUUCUGGCGCCUCCCUUCUCUCCACGAACUCGCUCUGACAGCUGAGGAACUGGCAAGAUCCUGCUACCCAGAGGGUGAAUGGGUAUCUUUCCCGGAAUAAUCCUAAUUUUUCUAAGGGUGAAGUUUGCAACGGCGGCCGUGAUUGUAAGCGGACACCAGAAAAGUGCCACCGUAAGCCAUGAGAUGUCUGGUCUGAAUUGGAAACCCUUUGUUUAUGGCGGCCUUGCCUCUAUCGUUGCUGAGUUUGGAACUUUCCCUGUGGACCUUACCAAAACACGUCUUCAAGUUCAAGGCCAAAGCAUCGAUGUCCGUUUCAAAGAGAUUAAAUAUAGAGGGAUGUUUCAUGCCUUGUUCCGAAUCUAUAAAGAGGAAGGUGUAUUGGCACUGUAUUCAGGAAUUGCUCCUGCUUUACUAAGACAGGCAUCAUAUGGCACGAUUAAAAUUGGGAUUUAUCAAAGCUUGAAGCGAUUAUUUGUAGAACGUUUGGAAGAUGAAACUCUUCUAAUUAAUAUGAUCUGUGGGGUAGUGUCAGGAGUGAUAUCUUCCACUAUAGCCAAUCCCACUGAUGUUCUAAAGAUUCGGAUGCAGGCUCAAGGAAGCCUAUUCCAAGGGAGCAUGAUCGGCAGCUUCAUCGAUAUAUAUCAACAGGAAGGCACCAGAGGGCUAUGGAGGGGUGUCGUUCCAACUGCUCAGCGAGCUGCUAUCGUUGUGGGAGUAGAGCUUCCUGUCUAUGAUAUUACCAAGAAGCACUUAAUAUUGUCAGGAAUGAUGGGCGACACAAUUUUAACUCACUUCGUUUCCAGCUUUACAUGUGGCUUGGCUGGGGCUCUGGCCUCCAAUCCAGUUGAUGUGGUACGAACUCGCAUGAUGAACCAGAGGGCAAUCGUGGGACAUGUGGACCUCUAUAAGGGUACUUUGGAUGGUAUUUUAAAGAUGUGGAAACAUGAGGGCUUUUUUGCACUGUAUAAAGGAUUUUGGCCAAACUGGCUUCGACUUGGACCCUGGAACAUCAUUUUUUUUAUUACAUACGAGCAGCUCAAGAGGCUUCAAAUCUAAGGACUGAAUUGUACAUGAGCCCAGCUCUGCCAGCCUUUCUACUCUUGUUUUCCAUUUUUCUGUGUCCUAACGUUAUUUCAACAACAUUGUGUUCACUGAACCUCUGGUCUCCUGAAAGCCUUCUGAUAAAAGAACAAUAGGAUGAUUCAAAGUUAUGUGCUUGUGUUACCAUGUUAACUUUUCCCUGGGAGGAGGUGUUAACAUUGAGACUCUGGCCCCAGAUUGGUAUCUUCUAUGAAGAUGGAUACUGAUGGGUAACAUUGAAAAUGGCCUUCUUGGCUGGGUGCUGUGGCGCAUGCCUGUAAUCCUAGCACUCUGGGAGGCUGAGGCAGGUGGAUUGCCUGAGCUCACAGGUUCGAGACCAGCCUGAGCCAGAGCAAGACCUCGUCUCUAAAAAUAAUCAGGCAUUGUGGUGGGCACCUGUAGUCCCAGCUACUUGGGAGGCUGAGGCAAGCGAAUCACUUGAGCCUAAGAGUUUGAGGUUGCUGUGAGCUAUAAUGCCAUGUCACUCUACCAGGGGCUACAAAGUGAGACUCCAUUUCAAAAAAAAGAAAAAGAAAAUGACCUUCUUCCCAAAUGAGGAUUAAAUGUAGCUGGUUAGCCCCAGACUUGGGCUAGAGCAGAAGGCAUAGGCCAGGGUGAUUACUGCGGUGUAUGUUGUAGACCUCGGUUUUCAUUAAAGUAUUUAUUGGCAGAAUC